UCUGAACUGUUCCGAAGUCGCGCCCUUGCCUCUCAAGACUUCGCUGUGUUCCCUGUUCGGCCGGGAAGACGCGGCCAUCGACUGCGGCGUCUUGAGUGAGGAAAUGACGCCCGCCACGGCUGCCCUGGCGGAGGCAGAGGUGCUCUCCGUCUUCGGCCUCUCGUCUUCGCACGUGAUUUUUGCAGCUGAACUCGGGCGUCUGAAAGGAGACAUUCCCGAAAAGCCGCACUGUCUGCCUUCCCAAAUCGACAAAAUAUACGACUUCCAGGUGUACUACCGACACGCCGAAGACGUCGAGCUGGAGACCCACUACUUCGACCUGGCGGACCUUUACCUCUUCACCUCCGACACGACGCGCUCCGUGAGCAUCAAGGCCGAGACGGUGGUCCUGAGCCAGGCCAUCGCGCCCGUGCCCUUCGCCCUCAGCAUCUCCGCGCGCAGGGUCGUCCUGGCGGAGGACCUCCUUGUCUCAGUCUCCCUCGCCGAGGCCUCUCCUCAGUACGAAGCCGAAUUCUACAGGGCCCAGCAUGACGUCGGCACCAUGAACGGCGUCACGGUGGAGAAGUUCCGCCACGGCCACGUCACGGUCUUCGUCCUGCAGUCAGAGGCUUGUCUGCCGCCAAAUGCUCCUGACUUCUCUGCCGAGUCCGACGACGUCGUGUCUCCGACCUCGCUCGACCUGAGCCUCCACUGCGGGUCCGUCAUGCUCGAGGAGGACGCGGAGCAGCAGCUGCUGGCGUCUGGCACUGCAGCGUGGGUCAAAAAUAUCACCUCUGCAGCGACGUCGGGGAGGCCUUCAACAUCAACCAGCAGGCGUCUGACCUGCUGCAGAGGAAGUAUCAUGGUGCUGAGUAACAGCACUGAGUCUCAGGUCGUGCCCUACGUUACCCUCGUGGUGUACAUGCCCAUGGUUGACGCUCUCAAGGAGAACCUCAAGCUCUUCAGAAGCAUCUUGGGGCAACUGCAAGACAAGCUCGAGAGAAAUGCCAAUCGAUUAUUUGACAUGACGCUGUCUUUCGAAGAGAGAAAAACGGAUCUUCAGUUCGUCAGCGACGAGUCAGCUCGAGCUCUGCAGGAGGCGCAGAACGUGUGCGGUUCCCAGCAGCAGAAGGUGAACGACCUUCGCCUGAAGACCGACGGCGUCUACAACACUGUGUUCGUCGUCAACGACAAGUUCUUGGCCGCGCACGCGAGCCUUGAGAGGAACUACAACACCCUGCAGAGCAGCAUCGAGCACGAGCUGCACAACAUGUUCCUGAAGAAGUGCAAAUCUUUCUUCCGAGGGAUGUUCAGGCUGUUCACCGGCAGAGCAGGCCUGGGCGACGUCGUCGACGGCGUCAGUGACGUGGGUCGCUACAAGCGCGAGCUCAACGAGGCCAAGGAGGUGCUCACGGACUCCAUGCUCCAGAUAAACGACUUGAUGGCCGACGUGGAGGUCGUGGUGGACCACCUGGCGGCCAUCGACGCGCCGGACGCCGGCCAGAGCCACAACUGGACCGCCAUCUUCCCCGACAACGGGCCGCUCCUCGCCGUCGUCAGGAAGCAGACGGUGUCCAAGUACCAGUGGGAGAUCGUCAACGACAACAACGACAUCGUUCUCGACGACGAAGACAUGAAGAAGCUGGGCGGCGCGAACGAGUACCGAGCGAGUUCGAACCUGAUGAAGGACGACGGCCAGAGCCUCGCCAACAACAUCAUCUCCUUCUCGAAGCUCAUCCUCGACAUUAGGGACGAGGAAGGAAACCUGAAGGUGGCGCAGCUCGCGGUGGACCAGGGCGGGGACAGGCUGGCCGAGGUGCAGGGGAUGCUCUCCGACACGGAGACCACCGAGGAGAACUACAAGGAGAAGAUGGCCCGCCAGAACCUGGUCCUCAUGAACCUCAUGUACGACCUCUACCGCAAGACGCGCAAGGACAUGGUCGUCAUGAAGAGGGUUCUGGGCGAGUUCUGCCAGGCCUACUUCUACACCUUCUUCCUGGAGUGUCCGGACGACCUGCGGCCUCGGCCGUCCGACGACUACGACGCGCUGCUCUACAAGUUCAGCCAGCUGCAGUUCGAGUCCCUGAACUCCGUGGGGACUCUGGACCCCCGCCGCAGCCCUUCGCGAAGACGCUGCUGCUGA